AGCCACGAAGCGGCGCCGUGCGCGACGACGGAUGACGACGGACGACGACGGCGACGACAACGUCGGAUAACUGGAUUCUUCUCGUCGUCGGUCGUCUCGUCUCCGUUCGCUCGAGAAAGGAGUGUCAUCGAGCUCCGGGCUGAAAUUAAAUUUCAACCGGAACCACCGUCGAGCUGGACACGAUCAACUUUCCGUCACGAGAUCUUCCACCUCGCGAUUCUGUCGACAUAUUUCGCGCCGCGGACGGAUGAGCUGUAUCGGAUGAUAUGAAUACUUUACUUUAUACGAACGAUUCACUUAUCGGGAACGUGGCGGUGAACUAGCACCGUAGCGUGGGUAGCGGAGCCGCGACGGUGGUCGGAUCUAUAAUUAACCGUGGAAGAAGCGUCUGGCAGAGGAACGAAGUACCAUCUCUGCAAGAACUAAGUCCACAAGUGGAUUCUCGAUGGAUUCUCGGCGAAUUAACGCUGAAAAAACGAAGGAUGCGACUUGCACACCGCAAAUUUCUUCUGUUUGACGUUCUCUAAUAAAUAUCGCAUUUCGAACAAUCAGCCAGAUCCAACAAUCGAUAAGACAUAAUAACUUUGGAAAGCGAUCUUUGGGACAAUCAUCGAAGGAGAAUCAUUAAUAAGCGAUGUCAAUAAGUUCCGCAGAGUAAUGAACUUUUCGAAUCUGGACAGCUGUUGUGGCAUAGAAACGGAGUGAGAUCAGCUACGUAACUUCAAAUGGUGGGUGAAUUGUGCGAAUCAUUUGGAAGGAUAACCUUCUGUACGGUUUUCCCGUGCCUAAGUACGGAAAUCAGGCCCUCAUCACCGCUUUUCGUCACUCGCGGCGCGAAGUGCAUGUUACAGAGCGGGAGUCGAAAUUAACCGCGUGACUCAUUUCGGAGAAGUGAUAUUCUGAGCGACACCUCGGUCACGUUUUACGAGUGGAGUAAUUCCUCCGUGGAAGCUGAAUUAACGGCCUCGCGUGUGGCCUCUCUCGUCGCGGCGGUAGCGCUACAUCGGAAAACGACGACGAAGACCGGGAUGAUUAAGAGGGAAUGAUUAAAGCACUCGGAUGCUCGAGCCUGCGAGAGAACGCGUCGCCAGGCACGUCCUGAUCCGCGAUUAGGAGGAGAUCGAUCGAUCCCGAAAUUAACGCCCCGCGAGUGUCAAACGAGCCGCGACAGGAACAUCAAUAUCCUAAUAAAUGUCACUCGCACGAUCGAUUGGCGCCUUUUGCCAGCCAUGACGUAAAGAGAGAGCGAUUUAACAGCGACGAGGGUCAACGUUGUCGAGAGCUGUCGGGAUCGGCUCUCCACGAUCGUAUGCAGGUACUGAUCUCCCUGUGCGGGUGCAUCAAAGUUCGUGAUCCUGACACCGCUUAGGGGGGUGCUCCCCGACAGUUAUGCACGGAUGGAGAAUGAACUGCGGUGCGUGAGGGAGAGAGGCGGGCACUCCUAAACCGAUGAGAUGACAGUGCUGUGCGUACUGUGGGCUACUCUGUCCACCGUAGCUUCGAUCCUCGCGUGCUCCGGUUUUUACCUGCCUUACUGGAUUCAGGGACGACUGCUGGGAAAAGCGGACGCGUACUUCAGUUCCUUUCGGCGUUGCAACUACCCACGAAUCAGGGCGCCCAACGCCACACCCGAAAUAGUUUACGAGUGCGCCAGGUAUUCCAGUUUUUGGGACAUACCGAGUGCUUGGUGGCAGGCGAGCACAGUCACGAUGGGAAUCGGCGUCGCGAUCGCAGUGAUCGGCGCUCUCACGCUUCUGGCAGCAGCAUCGUCAUUUCUCCCGCAUAUUCUCCGAACGCCGAAGCACACAAGGAUUCUUGGCUCCUUACAAUUGCUCGCUGCAGCGAUGAUAUGCGGCGGCCUGGUCAUGUAUCCGAUUGGCUGGGAUAAUCGGGAGGUACGCGAAUCCUGUGGGAAGAGUGCCAACGUUUACAAUCUCGGGAAGUGCUCGGUGUCCUGGUCGAGUCACUUGCUGGUCGGCUCGGUGGCGUUGCUGAUGCUGUGCUUCGGCCUGAGCUUCUGCGCGGCGCGACACAAGCCCGACGCGAACCCGCACACGGAUCCCCUGCGCAUUUGACAAUCGAGGUAUUCCCAGUCGAUACACGCCUACGCCUCGCCGAAGACGACCACGCUCUCCAUCGUCACGGUCUGUUGAUCACGCGUGCCUGUUGCGUGCACGCGCCGCGCGUACGUCCGCGAGACCGGACGUAUGCACAUGUAUUGUCGCGCGUAUGUACAACGCGAAUUCCGCGCAUUGCGGAAUCUCGCGCGCGUUACGGCAUGCAUGAACCGCGUUCUCAUCGCGCGUGCAUGUAUAUAUGUAUUUUUCGAGCCAGGCUCGAGCGCAAAUUUUUUCGCAUGUUUCGCGACGGUUUAACGCGUGGUUCAACGCAAAUGCAUCUUCUGCGUACGCGAGGAAGCCCGUUAAUGUGUAACGUUACGACUCAAAAUACGCAUCCGGGCGAGACGUAUUUUGUAAAUGAGCAUUGCGAUCUCAUUAUAUAGCAUUCGAAGAACAGACGAAACAAUUAAUGAUUAACGUAAAAUUAACAGAGUAGAUACGAGUUGAUAGCGCGAAAGCUAUUAAUCUUUGAUUCGUCGCAUGAUCCAUAGCAAUCUAAACUUGGGCGAACAAGCGGGUUCCUCCAGAAAUGCUAUCUUCGACGAAACAGCGAGAUUCGUAAAGUUUAAGGCACUCUCUGUGAUCCCCUCGACCAAUACAACUGAUAUUUCCCUGCGAACAAUUCGCGAGAUUUCGGAAUCACGUCCAAGAUAUCCGGCGGGAUCUCGAGAGAUUGAUUAAACUUUUGACAGGUUAACGCGUAUCUACCAUCCUUUCUACCCAUCGAGGCAAAUCCCGCGUUUCUGUAUAUAGCUCGCAACCUGCAUAUGUACGUAUGUAUAUACACGCUAGAGCAAAUCCUAUAGUCCUGUCUCGCGCGACAGACGGUUCGAGAGAGAGCCCGCGCCACGGUAUUUCCAAUUCCGUGCCACAGUAAGCCCCUGGCUGGGAGCGACGAAGCAAUUGGCAAUUCGCCUCGACGGGACUUUCAGCACUUUCAAUUCGCACGGGGAGCUCGCUUAGCCGGGCGAAUACACACGGUGACUGGAAAGGAGCCGGACGGGGAGACGGACACUCCUUUCCUCUCCUCUCUCUCUCUCUCGCCCCUCCGCAUCGAAAGCGUCCGCAUUCAGAUGCGCCGUAACGAUCACGGUAUCCUGCAGGCGGGCUGCUGCACGCUUCUCUCGAGGACCGGGAAUCACUGUGUUUCCCACGGUCCGAAAGCCUUUCGGAUAUAUCGAUCGCGAAGAAGGCGCGCAGAACGUUUCGGCUCUCCAGAGAUUUGCACGUUCCUCUUAUUUAUCCUCGUCUCUCGGAUUCUCCCCUCAAGACGCUAUUUCCUUCGUGGAAGUAAUGCGCUGCCUCGGCCGUGAGUGUCGGUUUAGCGUUUCUCUUAAAAUUUAUUUGGCUCUACAAUUCUAGAUUUUAUUUCUGAGAUGUUACUCUUCGUAUCUACUUUUCCCUCCGCUUUUACGAAAUAUAUUUUUUCCCAAUACUUUUUUUCAAUAAUAGAAAUUGUUAUAUUUAUCGCGGAAGACUCGUCGGUACUAUUUUACCGAAUGGCAAGCGAUACUGUUCAUACUGAAUCGCACGCCGGGUUUUGAGGAAAUUGGGUUUAGGUCAGAGAAGCGGGUGGAGAAUUUAAGCGGGCGGCGAAAUCCGCGUAAUUAAAAGAUAAAAGGAUCAGAGAGAAGGUCGGAGAGUUCUGGGGUAGCUGCGGGUAGUAGUUUAUUUGUAUCGUGGCUCCUAUCUAAACUGUCCGCGAGCUUUCCACUUCGCUCUCUUUCCAAACGGAGAAAUCAAAAGAUUGAGUUAAAUAAAGAGAAAUAUUUUUUUGUUUAAUAUUUGAUACUACCGCUUAAACUUUCAAUGAUGAUUGCAAACUGCGCAACGUUUAUACGGUUGAAUGAGAAUGGCGUAAAAAGUCCUUUUAUUUUCAUUCCCGUCGCUUUCGAAAAUUCGCGAAUUAAUGGCCUUUCAUUAAAAAGCCAAAUUUCAAGGUCUUUUUAUCUAAUAAAAAGGCUUUGAAAUUUGACUGCAGAAUCUCGCGCUGUCGCGGUACGCGCUCUCGUGAAUAUCGAGCCAGCCUGCGCUGGCACAGUACUUCCAGGUAAAAAACAGCCUGCGGUUGUACCUGUGCGGUAUAAAAAAACGUAAUAUUUGAUACGCGUAUGUAAGCAAGGUGUGUAUGUGUUAGUCCCGGUGAAAUUCGCAAUUGCGGGCGCGGUUGAAUUUCACGUGCUGACGGAACGGCGCGCACAAACGAUGGCCGCGCGUUAUUCGGUGAAGGCACCGCUAUUGGCCGGAUAAAAAUCCAAGCUGAACAAACAUGCCGGAGCACGCUCCGUUCGCGCGGGUUCUCCACGCACCGCUUACUUCUUGCAUCGGAUUAAUCGGGGCUUUUUUUCGGGCCGCGCACGCACACGCGCGCGCUCAUAUUGUGGCGCAUGAAAUAAACGGACGGACUUCGGCCGUAGUAGCUCCACUGUCGUGCGUCUGAUAAAAAUCGUUUCAUCGUGAAUAAAAGAACCCGCGGUGAUAUGGUUACUGGCUCCCUCCCCCCCCCCCUCUCUCUUCCUCUCCGUUAGUGCGUUCGAAAUAUUCUGGCCAUGGAAAUCGUCGGGAAUUCCGAAAAUAUCUCGGUUACCCGUUAUUGACGCGAAACGAAGUCACGCUACGCGCAGCGGCGUGGCUUUCUGGCUCGCGAAUUGCGCGACACUCUAUCGAAGGUGUCAUAAAACUACUGAAAGCUUUUCGCGUUAUCUACUUCGCGUACUUCAAUCUGGAUUUGGCACUUGUCAAUGCGUACGCUCGGCAUUAGCGUUAUCGAAAUCUACGAAUUCCGAUGAACGCAUCCGCUGGAUCCAAGAUACUCUCCCAAAGUAGCAACUUUUAAAGUUAAAUAUCAUAUUGUACAUCAUAACCCUUUUUUUUUAUUAUAUCCACAUAAUUAAGAGUUAGUUUAAUUAAUUUCCUCCGAAACUUUCUUCUGGCACUCAACGACAUGCGUCGUAUCCUCUUAUUUUCCAAUAAGACUUUCAGCAACUUCCGCAUCUCAAACCUCUAACUCGAUUCACUCGUUAACUCAUGAUUCGUUCACAGUACUACUAAAUCUACUACACCGUGUUCUUCUCUCAAGCUGCAACUUUAGGCUUCCAUCGAGAAGUACAGUCCCCCGAGCGGGACUUAGCAAAAGCGAGAGAGAGAGAGAGAGAGAAAAAAAAGAAGGUGAAGGAAACGGGCCGUCGCGUCGGUUCCGGAUCUAUCGAUCGAUGGCUCGGUUUGCUUGCUCGCAGAGCGGACGUUCUGUUCGUUCCCUCGAGAAACUUUCGCGGUAAAACCUCUCCCGUUCGCGUGCGCAUUCUCCAACAUCCCGUCCCUCAUUCGUUCCGUUCUUUUUCCUCGCUCGUCGUGCCUCCUGCCUCUCUCUCCACACCAAUCCUUCCCUCUUCCAUCUUUCGCUUACGCGCUUCCACAACGCCGCUUCCCCGAUUCCACUUUGCCUCUUAUCGACUUCCGCCCUUCCUUCCUAAACCUAAGGACUCGCCCCGGCCAUUUCUCUCGCGACCGGCCGACACCACCAACCGCCGAAGGUGGGGAAAAGAGAUAGCCGGAAAAGCGAGUUCGUUCUCGUGACUAAUUGAGCUAUCGGUUCGCCAGCGAGAGAGAGAUACGGCGGGUCGUGGUGAGGGAAACGAUUCAGGAACACGAGGAAUGUCUCGGCGAGCCAACCGUUGUUACCCUCUCUCUCUCCUCGUACUCCUUAUGUGUUUUCGCUCGCUCGACUCUACGAGCACUUAUCGUGCGGCCAGGCAGCAGCCAUUUCGCUGUCUCCAUAAACGUACCGUUUCUGCAACCAGUUACUCGGUUGCUUGGUUGUCCUUGGGGAGGCCAUAAGGGCCGCGAGCAAAUUCUCCUGCGCCAGUUUAUUCUCUCUCCGCACUUCUGCUUAAUCUUAAUUUCACCACGACUGCUUCUCCACCCUCUAUAAUUCAGUUUCUUGGGCAAGAAGUGAGAACGAUGGACUACGUUUCACUUAAGAUAUUAACAAGAACUUUACGCUCAAUAUAUGUAUACAUUCAUUCGUUUUUGCGACAGUGGAAAUACGAACGAUAAUCAGAUCGAGGAAACAUAUUCGACUUUUUCCCAAUCUUGAUGAGUUUUAGAUAUUAUACACAGUGUAUUUAAAAAUAAGAGGUACUUUUUUUAUAAAUGCUUAAUCGCACGUUAAAGAGUUGAAAGAGAUCUCUUUAAAGCAAAAUCGAUCGUCAUUUAGAGCAAAUGUUGUUCAAACGAUAAAAAUUAUUUUAAACAAUAUUUCAAAUAUUCUCAGUCCUAAAUUUAAAAAUCUUUUUAGAGCAAAAA